UCUCGUUGCAACAAAAUAAAGGAAGGAAAGGAAGGAAGAAAUAACAGGGCAAUUUUCAUCUUUUACUCUUACUAGUACUAAUUUCUCCAACAUAACUUAUUAGAUUCUAUUUCCCCGACAAUGGCCAAACAGAAACACAAGUAGCUGCAAUAUUAGAAAUAUCACACUACGAGUGAGUACCGUUCAUUUUCUUCCAUUUCCCCAAUUGUCCCUCACAUCUUCUUCACAACCAAGAGAAGCCAAAUCUACUCAGUACAAUAACUUACCUUUUCUCUCUUCCGUCUCUUUCCAAACAAACAAAGCACACAACAAAACCCUCACAAUUCACAAACUACACUACAAUACUAACACAUCGUUUUCAAAUUUCACUAACACCAACUCACACAUUCUUUUGUGUGCUCAUAAAUCUCUCUCUCUCUCUCUUUCUUUUUUUGUGACUACAUUUUUACACACACAGGUUAGCCUUGCCAUGAAAUCAAAGACACACAACGGAAACGGUUACGCGACCGAGAAUGGCGGAGGCGGAGGCAGCAGCUCUCCGAGUCCACCGCCAUCUCCUCCUCGUCACUCCGGUGUUUUGCGUUUGCGGAGGAGAUUAAGGCCGGCGAAGGCACUGUCGGCAGGUAUUGUGGCACGGCGGAGUCUUCGGUACUUCUUUUUGCUGCCGGUGGUUUACAUCUCCGGUCUUCUGAUGUGUGUGGGACCGUUUCCUUUCAAAUUCUCAGCUCUCAUUGGUCACGCUCCUCUUCCCGGUUCUCGUUACCGGAGUCACGAGGUUUUCCACAAGCUUUGGCACGAUAUCGAUUCUGAUAAUUCCUCUUUUAUAGAGUUGUCUUCUGUGUGGAAAUACAAAAGGAAGUUGAGAGAGCAGAAGCCUUGUCCGAAUUUGACUGCUUUGCAUCGCGAACAUUUUGUGUCCCCUGGCCUGAAUGGUUUUUUGAUUGUCGAGGCCAAUGGUGGUCUUAACCAGCAACGCUCUGCCAUAUGCAAUGCUGUAGCUGUGGCUGGACUCGUGAAUGCAAUACUAGUUAUACCUCAUUUUGAAUUUCACAAUGUUUGGAAAGAUCCAAGUGAAUUUGGGGAUAUAUAUGAUGAAGAUCAUUUUAUAUCCACACUGGAUGGUUAUGUGAAGGUAGUUAAAGAACUUCCUGAGGCAAUAAUGGAGAGGCAUAAUUACAAUACGAGUAGUAUAACUACCAUCAGAGUUCAAGCUUGGGCUCCUGUCAGUUAUUACCUGGGAGUUGUUUAUCCUAUUUUACAAACAGAAGGGGUUAUUCGAAUAGCUCCAUUUGCUAAUCGUUUGGCAAUGAGUGUCCCUCCACAUAUACAAUUUCUAAGAUGUCUUACUAAUUAUAAAGCAUUGAAGUUUUCUUCUUCAAUAUCAGCACUAGCUGAGAAUCUGGUUUACCGAAUGAUUGAGAAGAGCUCAAGGACAGAUGGAAAAUAUAUUGCUGUGCAUCUUCGCUUUGAAGAGGACAUGGUGGCAUUUUCCUGUUGUGUAUAUGAUGGAGGAAGGGCAGAGAAGUUGGAAAUGGAUUCAGCUCGUGAAAAGGGGUGGAGAGGAAAGUUCAAAAGAAAAGAUCGUAUCAUUGUACCUGACCUCUAUCGAGUCAAUGGAAAAUGCCCACUAACACCCCUAGAGGUUGGGAUGAUGCUACGUGGCAUGGGAAUCAAUAACAAUACUUCAAUAUAUUUAGCUUCUGGAAAAAUAUAUCAUGCAGAAAAAUAUUUGGCUCCUUUACUAAAGAUGUUUCCCAAUCUGUAUACUAAGGAGUCUCUUGCAACACCUGAUGAGCUUGCUCCUUUUAUGGGAUAUUCCUCACAAUUGGCAGCACUGGACUACACGGUAUGCUUGUUUAGUGAGGUUUUUGUUACAACUCAGGGUGGUAACUUUCCUCAUUUUCUAAUGGGCCAUAGAAGAUUCCUCUAUGGUGGGCAUGCAAAGACCAUUAUUCCUGAUAAACGCAAGCUUGUUGUUCUUUUCGAGAACACGAGUAUCAGUUGGAGUGUUUUCAAGGAUCAGAUGGAUGACAUGCUCAGUGAAAGUGACCGCAAGGGAAUCAUGGUCCCUAGAGUUAGAAAAAUCAACAGAAAAACUUCUGUCUACACUUACCCUUUACCAGAAUGUAGAUGCCUACAACAGUCUCUUGUCAAUAAAAUUAUUGACCACAAUGUAGACAUUCCUGUUAAUUACCACAGAACAAAAGCUUAAAUGGAUGACAUGCUUCAUUUAUUCCAAAAUCACUGCAUCAAAUUGAUAUUAUUUUCAAUUCCAUUGCUUUGGUGUUUCGACUUCCAGUUUUAUGGCAUUUUGACGUUGUUUUGUCUUGUCAAGAUGUGGGCAUUCCAGUUCUGAUAACACAAGAGUGAUUUAUACUUUAGUAUGAUUGGCUGCUUCAGCUGCUUGAAGAUUUCGUGUGCAUAUUACUUAUUUGGAUUGGUCGGACAGUUUUCUAGCCUUCAAUGUGAAGGUUGCGGUGGAAACACUGCAUCAACGUAGUCUCCAGGAAAGGAUGUAUCAGGAGCAGGACUUGUAAAAGUCAAUAAUAGAAUUUUAUUUUUCUUUCUGAUCAAUGCUUUUUGACCUGGCAUUACUCUUUUUUUACAUUUUUUAUUUAUUGUGUAAAAUUAUUAGUUUAGAAAGAGACUAGAUCUAGAGUCAGUGAGUAUUCUAGUUUUAUCAAGUUUUGGUUCAGUCAACGGAUGACUUUGUUUGUGCUCCCUUGCCAGUUUCUUUAAUUUUAAAAAGGUAAUACCGUGUAUUCUUUAUACUCUCUUCUAUCCUAUCAUUAAUACCUUAUGAACUCUUAAUAAUGAUAUGGAAAACAGACUUUGAAAUGCUCUGAAA